UGCCAGGCUGGAAUGGUGCAUGACAUCAGAGGCUUCUGACCUUCCUGAUUGGAAAGACUGGACUCCAUGGUUCUUGGCAACGGAGGUGGACAAGAGCAUCUUCGCAGAGCAUGUCCAUACUCCUAGCUUGGCCCCGGCUUAGAGAAGGGAUAACAGGGCUUGGGUUCACCCAGAAGCCAGAAGGGGAGUUUGAGAAGAGGAGGGUCUGAGUCUCCUGGGAGGGCACAAAGAGCUUGGGAGAAAUCAUGGCCAGUUGUCAACCGUCCGCCCAGUCUGAGGGCCAGAGCCCCCAGCCUAGCACAUCAGGGUACCCCCCGGAGGCCGUGGUAGAUGAAGAAAGCCCAGGACCAUCAGCCCCCUUUGUAGACCCCUGCCCCUUGCCUCAGUCCCGCGGAAGGAAGAGAGACAUCGAAUCCGAUGAGGAGACAGCCCCUGAGGCCAACGACAUCUGGGUGGUGGAGACACUGAGUGGCCUCAAGAUGAAGCUGAAGAGACAGCGGCUAUCUUCAGUGCUCCCUGAGCACCACGAGGCGUUCAACAGGCUGCUCGAGGAUCCUGUCAUUAAAAGAUUUCUGGCCUGGGACAAAGAUCUGAGAGUAUCCGACAAGUAUCUCUUGUCCAUGGUCAUCGCCUAUUUUAGCCGCGCUGGUCUCUUCUCCUGGCAGUACCAGCGAAUUCAUUUCUUCCUGGCACUCUACCUGGCCAAUGAUAUGGAAGAGGACAACCAGGCCCCCAAACAAGCCAUCUUUUCAUUCCUUUAUGGGAAGAACCGUUCCCAGCGUCCCUUGUUCCACAAACUGCGAUUGCAAUUCAUCCGAUCCAUGGGAUGGAGGACCAGGGUGUCCAGGGAAGAGUGCGAGGAGAUCCAGGCUUUCGAUCCAGAUCUGUGGGUGUGGGGGCGAGAUCGCACCCUCAUACCCUAGAGGGACCAUGGAGGCCCGAGGUCAUCGGCCUGAGGGGAGAUCCCUGAGCCCCGGGGAGACGCACGUUUUCGGUAGGAAGUCAGGAACACAGGAGUUUCUUUCACAGAUAAUCUAGAAGAACCCAGGACCUUCCAGAACGAGCUCAAUGGAGUUAUCGUGUUGUACUCCUAGGAGCUGGGAGUCCAUGGAGGAGUCCAUGGAGAGACAAAAAGAAACCAGGGUUUUUUCACGUCCAUCCCCUCCUGGGCCACCAUCAAAUAUUUCACAUUACUUAAUUUGAAUCUCUGCUGAGGUAGAGGUUGGAGGUCCCAUUUUUCAUGCACUGGGACAAAGGUGAGGAGGAAAUUACCUCAAAAUAUAAAAUUAGAACCCAAAGGAUUGUGACAGCCAAACAUACGUCAGGAAUUUCAGUUGUUCAUUUUGAAAAUGUUGCCCUUAGAUUAUACUUGUUUCUCUAGUUUUUAUUUACGUAUUUAUUUUAAAUAGUUCUGAAACAGUCAUAGUUUCCAACACAUGCUGUUCCAACGUAGUUUUGUGAUGAGAUUUCAGCUGCUGCAUAACUAUAACUUUGUUUACAUAUUCUGGAUAGGUUUUGUUUUUAUUAUACUUAUAUAAUACAUCAGUUAUACUUAUAACCAGACGGGUUAGUUCCCUCAUGUUCUUCUAACUGUAAAUGUUUGUUUGAUAGUCUUCGUUAUUAAACUGUGAGAACCAGGUGUCAUUUUUUAACUUGCCUUGAUGACAUGUUUGUAUGUUAUUUUAGGUUAUUAAAGAGGACACUGAAAGGUGUCUCUCGGGGAAUCAUAAUAAAGAGAUGUCUUCUUCCCUUCAUGAUGUUUGUGG